CUGGUUUGAAAUGGGUUGGACUUGACCAAUGGACAUGGACUAGCGUUGCGGACGAGGCGACGAAACGGACACACAUGGCGGUGGCGCCGCCGGAGGUAGGGCCCGCCGCGGCGGCGGCGGUCGCCGGCGGGAAGAAGGAGGUGCGCGCAUUGGAUGGAGCAUCGGCGAUCGGUGAAGAAGAGGAGGUGGAGGUGGAGGUGGAGGAAGAGGAAGAAGCGGAGGAAGAGAGAGAGGAUGAAGAGGAGGGGGAGGAGGAUGGGGGCGAUGAAGAAGAGGAGGAGGAGGAGGGGGUGAAGUGGCUGAAGCAUUACUCCUCGAUGCAAAGCAUCUUGGUCGUCGGCGACGGGGAUUUCUCCUUCUCGCGGGCGCUCGCCGUCGCAUUCUGCUCCGGCGAGAACCUCGUCUCCACGUCUCUUGAUUCCUAUGAGGCUUUGAGGGGGAAGUAUGCCAAUGCAGAGUCAAAUAUAAUGGUACUGAAAUUGAUGGGGGCCACAACUUUGCAUGGUGUUGAUGCAAAAACAAUGAAGCAUCACACUGACCUAAAGAUGAGACGGUUUGAUCGAAUUGUAUUUAAUUUGCCUCAUGCUGGAUUCAAAGCAAAAGAGGGUGAUAUGCGUAUGAUCAACUUGCACAAGGAUCUGGUCAGAGGAUUCUUCCGCAAUGCAAGAUGCCUGCUUCGGCCUUCCGGUGAAAUCCAUGUUAGUCACAAGAGAGGAAAGGUGUAUGAAAACUGGGAGAUCGAGAAACUAGCCUCUGAAUCUUCACUUAUUAUGGUUGAGAAAGUUGAUUUCCAUAUAGAAGACUAUCCUGGUUAUAACCACAAGAGAGGAGAUGGUCCAAGGUGCGACGAACCUUUCCCUCUAGGUCCUUGUUGCAUUUUCAAAUUCUCCAUCAGAAACCAUAAGAAGCAGAAGAAAUGUCAUUCAAAGAAGAUUGGUUCAAUCCCAUCCCUUGGAGGCAGCCAUGUCCAUCCUGAAAUAUUGGCAAGUGACUGGAGUCCAUCUCAGCCGUUUCGACCAGUCAAUGCAGUUAACAUGCCAGUAACUUUCGACCCAUACUCACUCAGAAUUGCUCAAAGCCAUCAACCGGGUUUUCCUGUCAAUUUUGUUGGCUUAUGGACAGCGGCUGCCUGUUCUCUUCAGCAUUGCAAUAUCCACCCAAUGCUCAACAUUGUAAGGCCAUCGCUUCAUCUUUUGCCCAUUGCGUCCAUCAUUGCUCCACAAAUGGGCAGAAUCACAAGUACCAGUCUCUUUGCACCUCAGGAGCAGCCGAAACCUGUUCUUAGGCCAUUGCAAAGCGUUAGCAGCUACGACCUUGCCAGGGAACACCAAAUGAAUCUGCGGAGGGAGUUUGAGAUGAGAGGACAAACAAUGCCUGCAGGAACCAGCUUGGAUUACUUCGAGUUCCUGGAAUAUCUCUUCAGGGAUCCUGCUGAGAAGGAGAAGUGGCUGCAAACUAUGAUUACGUUGCACGCUACACGGUGGUGAUCAAUGAUAGUUGGUUGGUGACUUGGUGUGUAUCUUUUUGAGAAUUUGACCUGCUAAGUGCUAAAAGGAUCAGCAUUUCUCUAGGAUAGAAGAACUUGGCAUUUCAUUUCAAGAGGUGCUGUGUUAGAUGGAUGAUGUCGAAAAUGUACAGGUAGGAUCGUUUUGUGUCUCAAAACUCUGACUGACCACAACAGCCAAGUUCCUUUUUGUAAUGCAGGUGCCGUUUGGGACUGAAAAAACCCUGGUUAUCUUGGCUUUACUUGUAAGCCCAAUCUGAGGGCUGGUUCUACUGAAACACUGGUUUCUACUACUACUUGACAUU